AUGUUGUCAUUCAUUUCCGCCCUCCCCCCUUCCCUUCAUCUUCCCCCCCACCACUCCCCCGCUCGCUGCACGCUUUCCACUUCCCUUCCCCUAACCGCCACACCACGCGGCCCGUCGGUAAGCUACGCCCAAAUCCUCUCUCACAGUGUCUCCGCAGUCGAGUCGCUCGUCACCGCCAACCCGCCGACCCUCCACCUCACCCUCGACUUCCCUCCGGACCGCUCCGAAACAGACACCGGCACUCUUGUCUCGCGCUACGAAAACAACCUCAACUUUGCCGAAAAGCUCCUACUCGAACUGGGCGCCUCCUCUCCAACCCCAGUGGGGCCCAACAUCCAGAUAUGUGACAAUAUCAAUCCGCAAGGAGGUGGUGAAUAUUUGACAGACGACGAAGUCAUGGUCGGCUUGAAGGCCCCCGUUGACAAGCUGGGGGGACGCGUCGUUACCGUCUUGCUCAACGCCGGCGUGGACGUCGAUUCGCUGACUUUGAGGCAAUCAACAUCAGGGGCACGGAGCGAAUGCUCAGGGUCAACUGCGCCUUGGAAAGAGUGGGGUGGUUUGCGAGGCUUGGCGGGUUUGGGGAGUUUGUCGACGGCUUCGAAGCCGCCUACUACUUGA